AUGGAGCUGUCAUCGGCAAGCAUGAACAAAGGCAAGCAGAGGGCACAAGAUUCCCCGGACGCCGUUGCAGCGGCAUCGCUCCGUGCUAGCCCUGCUUUGAGUGAAGCAGGAUCGUCUCGAGUACCCGUGCCCAUGGCCAUCCCCGCAAGGCAGACGCAAGAGGCUAACCCGGUGCCGUCGCAAAGCCCCUCUUCAUCACACAGCCACGGUCGCCGCCCGUCGCAUGCAAGGGCAAAGUCGUCACUGGGCUCGGCCAGUAUGUUCGACUUCUUUGGCCCCAGCUCCCUCGCUUCCAACAGCACUGCCGCGACCAGCUUCCACUUUGGCUCUCCCGACGGCAGUCCGAAGCCCGUCACAGUCGCUCGAGUGGUCGAGUCGGACGACGAGGAACAUCGCAGCUCCCUGGAGCGUACAGUGGACGCUGAUCGACGACGAUCCGCCUUCACAGAGCAAGUAGCCGACCAGUGCGGGCCUUCGGAUGCCAUCGAAAAGGCGUUCUCAAGCUUUGGAAUUAGCUCCGUACCCAUGCCUCCGCUGUACCCAGAGGAGCCGCUUCCAGACUAUGAAGAGGCACCAGAGUAUACUCCUCCUCUAGCGCAAGCCUCGGCAGGCACCUCCCGCUCCAAGACGUCCGCCUUCCGUGCUGCCGCAGCAAACAGAUUUCUGUCCAGCCGCAUCGGCAAGAAGCUCAAUCUCCCGCCAGCUCUGCAGAGCCGCAUCCAGGGCACACAGACCCCGGAAGCAACUUCUAGGGGCGCAGUGGGCAGAGUGCCUUUUACCAGAAGCGAUAGCGCGCCUGAUCUCGCGCAACAGGCGCAUCGACGAAUCGUGGUGCGGAAUUAUGCUGCCACCAGCUACAUGCAGGGUGCCCUCAUGGGACCUGCGCCUCGACGCUCCAGACCAAGCUCUUCACGUCCAGCUACCGCCGGGGCUGCGUCUGUCAGAUCUCACUCCAGCAUAUUGUCAAACACCCGACCCACGACAAGUGCUGGCACUGAAGGGAGGUCAGUCCAUUCUUCACCCAUGAUGCGAGCAGCUGCGUCCUCUACCACCUCGUCGAGGAGAAACAGCGGGGACUCGCGACCACCCAGCCGCGCCACGAUCAGCUCUGCUCCCAACGGCGGUCUCUUCCACUGUGGGUAUGCACGGAGCUCAAGCGGAGCAUCCACGCCGACGCGUCCCAGUCUCUUGCGCAAGGGACGAAGCCGACACGCGAGUCUGAGGAGCCUCGGCGACCUCCUGUCCCUCAACCGCGACCGAAUUCGCACUCCUUCUGGCGACACAUCCGACAGCGAGCAGCAGGCGACAGGGGAUGUUCAGUCGACAGGCACGAUUGUCCGAGAGGUCGUCGCUCCGGUUUCCGGAGAACUGCUCAUCUCUGCACGAGUGCACGCCCACGCAAGUGCUCGACCCACGCUGAUGAACGCAGCACGCAGCAGUCCUCAAGCUGGUAUCGACGCUGCUGCUUCCGGCAGUCCGGUUCUCAUCUUGCCGCAUCAGGCUCAUGAGCGAAAGCCGGACCCGCUGCAGAAGCUCCCGCGAGAAGUCAUCCUGAGCAUCUUCAAAAGCCUCGUGGAUCUGCACGUUACGGAGCACGCCAAAGCUGUCAAAGAUGGUGUCUGGCGAGGCAAGCGCGCGAGCGAGACGCGCUGGGUCGGAACGGAAGCUGCCGUUCGAGAGCUCGCUCGCCUCAGCCGUGUCUCACGCGCAUGGCAGAGCUACGUGCUCGAUGGUCAGCUCUGGCAGAAUCUCGAGUUUUCGAAGCAUCCCGACAUGACGGAAGAAGCAAUGGUCAACAUUGCAAAGGCAGUGGGACCGUUUGUUCGACGUUUGGAUUUGCGUGGCCUCGCCGGACUACGCUCCGAUGUGCUGCUCGCGCUUACCAAGGCUCAAAAGCCCAGCGCUUUGAUGAGCGAGGAUUCCAACGCAGGUGCGGCCCGUCAACUCGAGGAGCUCGAUCUACGCGGUUGUCGCAACAUCUCGACGCUCGCGCUCAACACCGUCCUUUCACAGUCGCCCAAAUUGAAGCACUGCAAGCUGGCAGGUCUGCCAUGCGUCGACAACACGACACUUUGUGUACUGGCUGCGACAGCGGUCAACCUCGAGACCCUGGACAUUAGUCGUUGCCGCAGCAUCGAUGCGGACGGUGUUCGUGCCAUCUUUGCCAUCCAGCAGAACGAGACCGAGACGUCCGCCGUGGUCAAGGACCGCAACAUCAAGUCGCCCUUCCGCGAGCUUCGUGCGGCUGGCGUGCCUGGUUUCGACAGCGAAACGCUUGCACAGCUUGGCAGGCACUGGCCCAACUUGGAGGUGCUUGAUCUCAGCUACUGCAGCGACAUCAAUGACGCAGCUGUCGCUGCUCUAGUCAGCAGCGAGGGCGAUGUUGUGAGCGAAAAGGGACACUUUGUCACGCUCACUCCACGUCAAGCUGGGAGUCAGCAGGAUGACGAAGUCGUGCGAAGGAGUUUCCCACACCUCCGAAAGCUCGUCCUCUCAUCCUGUCGGGCUCUGACGGAUCGUGCCUGCAUCUCGCUGGCACAUGCUGUGCCUUCGCUCGAGGUGCUGGAGAUGGCCAACAUCGGUGCAGCACUCAAGGAUGCGGGAUUGGUCAAGCUAUUUGCCACCACGCCGCAGCUGCAGAAGCUGGACCUGGAGCGGGCUACACACAUCACCGACGCGGUGCUCUCGGCACUGACGCCACCCGAGACCCACGCCGAGGCAUUCGGUCUUGCGGUGCCUGAUCGAGACACACUCAUGCAGGGAACCAGAGGUAGAGGAUCGCUGCUCCACAUGGCACGUCGAUCAGCUAGCCGUCGAAGGCAGGCGAGCCCCUCUGUGUCCGGAGCAACAGCCGAAGAAGAGGCGCCGCCGACCUACGACGAAGAAGCCGUGGCAGCGUUGAUUCCAGCGACGGGUGCCCAUCUCACGCAUCUGAUUUUGUCGUCUGCCAACCGUACGACGGCCGAGGCGAUGCUGAUGCUCAUCAACAGAUGCCCCUUCUUGAUCCAUCUGGAGGUCGACGACACUCACGCUGACAACGAGAUGGCCCUUCAAUUCGUUCAGCUAGCACGGUAUCGCAAGAUGAGGAACGCGUACCUCAGCCUGAUCGACUGCAGAUCGUUCACGCGCGACACCUACUCGCAGCUCAGUCACAGCGGCGGUUCAGCAGACGGCGGCGUACGACCCCGAAACGGAACCCGUGGCUAUGCCUUCCGUCAUUUCGGCUACGAUGAUCCGGAGCCAAGUAUGGCGGUGGCAGCAGCGACCAACGUGCUCGCUACGCACGGAAGCGAGCGUACGCAGUCAGAACAAGCGACGUCUGCAGCCAACGCCGGUGCCCUUGUCGAGACACGCGACCGCGAGCGAGCCCACGACGAGUGCAACGAACUCAAACCCGUCCUCAAGAGCUUCUGGGGCUGGCAGAUGGUCGACGCGCGGAUCAAGCAACGAUGCAAAGCCGAACAGCGAGCUGCGGCGCAUCGUCGUCACGGCGGUCGCAGCAAAGUUGCUGGAGUUGUCGCUAUGGCGUUGGGAUUGCCAGCAGCGACGGUGGGGGGCGGUGAGGAGAUGGGUCGAUCCAGGGGCGGAUCUAGGUGGACGCGCGUGCUCAUCGGACCCGAAGUGGGUAGGUUGGACAGUGCGCAGGGUACAGAUGACGAGGAUGAGGAUGAUGCUAGGGGGUGCACUGUUAUGUAG